AUGCCAAGUUUGCAAGACCUCCCGCCAGAGCUCAUUCUGUGGGUGUUCAGGUCACUUGGCAACAUUGACGAUGCGCUUCAUCUUGGAUUCAGCUGCAAGCGCCUGUAUGGGAUAUUCGAUGACCCGGCGAAUCAGAAUGAUAUUAUGAAAUCUAUCAUUCAACGACCAGGUCAUCAUAAAUAUGACCUGCAGCUUGAUUGUCUAGAUCAAUUUUACACUGAUCGUGCAAAAGACUAUGUCCAUACAGCACAACUUAGCAACGCAAGGUGCCCUGAUGCGAAGAUUAUUGAAACCAUGCAAUCACCGUCUAAGCACCUGUUCUCAUCACGAAAUGUGGUCUCAGGGAUUGUUCGCCGAUGGCACGCUAUGAAGGUUUUAUUCAACCUCUACUGCAACUCGUCUGUCCGCAAUUCCUAUUUGGAGAGCUAUAUCCCUUAUCCGGGGAGAGAUCCCGAGUCUGGCCAGGAUGGGAUGCCGUCGAAAAAUGACCCCCUUGCACCACCCUCUGGUGACAUCUGCGACGACUUCAAGAAAUUGACGCCCGAGCAAAAGAAUCGCACAUACGAACGUUUCUAUAAAGUUCUCACGGCCCACUGGGUGGCAGUUGAAUUUGCCUGGUUGUCUAAGAUUCGUAUCUACAAGGAUUUCGCAGAGCGCGACCGGUUCCACGACGAAGUGACAGAAAUGUGGACUCUUGUCGAGUUUGUCUGGGUCUUUUUGGCUCGGAAGAUUUUCCACAGCCCAUCUCCUGUGCUCGAGUGGUUUGACAGUCCCCAGAAUCCGUUUCCGUUCCAGCCACCUUUUGUUCCUGGUGGCUGCCAGCUUGAAGGCUGGUUAGGGAAUAUCUUGGGAGAUAUGGAGCUUAAUCGAGUCCCCGAAAUACUCGCUGACCCUAUGUGGAUCCGAUGGCUCUCCGAUAAUUUCGUUGAGGAAGUUGCCGAAUAUCUUCGACCGACGCAUAUUAUUGAGCUCCUGUUCCUUUUUACAUGGCAUCCUCAGAAGCCAUGGAAGGAUAGCCGGUUUGAAUAUUUGCGCAAACUAGGCUUUGCUGAUGGCCUAUACGGAAGGACAUUGGGAGAGGAUCAUCCGUACAGAAGGGAGGCUCGCUUCUCAAUUGAUCUUCUUGACUAUGCUGUAGUCCCCGACUUGGCUUAUGUGGGGUCCUUUGAACAGGAGGAACUGUUGGCAAAACAGCAAAAGCUCGGAUUUCGAUCUCCGUGGGAAAGAAUCGAUGAAGAUAGGGUAUAUGAAGAAUGCGAAAACCAAUGGUUUGGCUAUAGGAAGUGGAAGAAUUGGGCCUUGCAAAUGAGAGGUUAG